ACGCCCGCGAGCGCGAAUAAAAUUGUUUCGCGAAAAGCGUGAAAUUGUGACACGAGUGCCCUUUCCAAUGUGUUGGCCAACUCUGGUGCGCAAUUCACGGGGAAUUUACAGAGAACGACGUAUAUAAUUACGUAUCUCGCCGUUACGCCACAAUGUAAUUUCCGCGAUAGGUUCUCGAAGAAAGAGUCCAGGACGGAGUCGAGGCACCGCACCAACGUGCUCGUUAGUUUGCGCACGUCGGGCGACCUCGAGAUAACAUCGCGAUGAACCGACUGACAUUGCCGCUACGUUUGCGCGCAUAGGUAAUGAGUGGUUUUACACGCGAGGACGACGAUUCCGUAUCGCUGAAACAAGAGCAUUCGCUCGAUUCGCUCCGGCAACUCCCGAGCAAAGAGAUUGUCCUCGUACGUAUACGCCAGCCGCUCAUAAUUAUUCCAACGACUUGAAGAGAUAGAGAGUUACAUCCGGGAAAAGUGAUGUUUAUCGAUGAAAACUAUUUCGCAUGAUAAGACUACGAGAAGACAAGAUUAGACUACGAGAUAAAAAAAAAGAUUAUUCAAAUUAAUCUUAUUGCUUUCUAAACUUUUUCCACUUGUCCAACUAAUUUCAUCAUUGUUUCUGCUGAUAUUGUUUUCUAUACCUCUUGCAAUUUCUUCCAUAUGUUUUCUUUGUUUGUAGGAAACAUCGAUUUCCAACAAAUCAAAUAGUAAUGUAAUAUCAAUUUAAGGAUAAUGGAAGAUAAACGUUGCAACGUUUAGGGAUCAAGAAUAAUAAUUGCAAUAAUUAGGUCCAGCCUGGACCGAUUUAUUCUUCAUCAUAUUUCGUCUAAAAUUCUGAAACUUUAUGUAUAAACUAUUUAAAAAAAUUAAUAAGUAUUAUUUUAGAAAGCGUAUCUUGGAGGAAAACGGAGAGAAUGGCAAGUUAAAGGUUGCUAUUACAGUCAAAAGUGCGACAAAUUUUCUCGACAGUCUGCGACAUGCCAGACUGCAUUGAAAUGCAGAAGCGUCAAACCAGUUGCAGAGUUUCAGGGAUAAGCUGUCUUACUGUCCAAAUGUGUGCCACGAAUAUUCCUUUCUCCGUUUCUUAUUUCCUUGUUUCUUUAAAUGAAACUUUUCAUAUAUAAUUUUAAAGCGUUAAUCCAACUGGAAAAAUCUCCAAAGUUUCAAGUCAAUAUUGUGUUCUCGGUGCAGUUGCGAAACGGUUAUACUAAAGAAAACGAAACAUCGGGAUUUUACAUCGAUGGCAGGCGAACGUGCAGUUGUUCUGUCUACUUAACCUGUCAGGUUUUAUUUAUUAUAAAAAUUAUCUGUUUAAUGAAGAAAAUUAAAAAUUAAAAAGUUCAAGUUGAGAAUGAUUUUAAGGACGAAAGAUACGCUCGAGGUCGAAUUAGUUUUGGAGUUCCGGCUACGCGAUGUUUGGCUUUGUGUCUCUUGAGCUGCAAAUAUUAUCCAUAAAUGUCUUGGGCCUGGUAAGUGUCUCAACAGUGUAUGUGAUUUGCGGCAGCACCUCGUACAAUUACCACAGAGUUGGACAAUUCUUUUACAAUCUAAUAAUUCGUGAAUCGUAAAGAGGUUAAUUUAAAUGCGCACACUUUUAAAUUAUAUCCGUUGUGAUGCAAGCUUGUCAAUUACUCAAGACUUUUACAUACAUGUCGAUCACCCAAAUUAUCUCGGUUGCUCUUACAUAAUUACGAUAUAAAUUUUACAUCAUUAUUGAUUGCACUAAUGAAUAAAUUGUAAAUAAAGCUUUGUGCGAAAUAUAAAUCGGAAGAAUGUGACGUACGCGUAAUGACACUUUUUGCAAGUAUGUUGCAUCAUUUUGUCAAGGCCGGCAGCACUUUGAACUGGAGCUGGCUCAAGUGGGAUCGGCAGCUGGAGAAGAUCUCGAACUUCUCGGUUUCGCAAUCCGACGAAUCAGACGUGGCGAAUAUCGACUGGCUCAAGACGAGAUGCAAAAUUUUCUCAGUUCUGUCGUGGAUCGUCGUCGCCCGGUUUGUCAUCGAUCGCAUCUCGCUCCUCGCGUACGUGGCUAAUAUCUACACGAUAUUGGCGCGAAAUCGGCAGAACCUGCUCCUACUUUGGAUGGUGCUCAGUCUUUUCAAAAAUAUCGCUUUGGAGAUCACCGUGAUUGUCAUUACCUUCCUGCUGUGGCACAAGGGAAAUAUCUCGACGUCGCUCCUCGUUAAGUUCAUCGCAGAGAAAACGAUAUGGCUAGACAGGGGAUGCCUUACUUACGCUUACCGAGUUCUUUGCGAAAUUGCGUUGAUCGUUGCAGCUUUCUCGAGUUGCAAGUGGUGCACGACUUUGAAAUGGUACACGCAGCUGCAAAGGAUGGCGAAGAUCCGUCACUUCGCAAUAAUCGCGCGGACAAGUAUCGCGAGUUUCGUCCCCGGCAGAGCUGGUCAUUCUUUGGACGACGAGUGUCUCGGCGUAGCGAUAAGCAGACGGGGCAAGUACGCGAGUCUGGUGUAUCUAGGCAGGCUGUCCGAGCAAUUGGCCAGCAGAGCGAACGCCAAAUCCUUAACGAGUCUAGUCACCGAAGACACAAAGGACGACGCGAAUGAUGACAAUUCCGACGCUAACGACUUGAGCGUGGCUGAGAAAUCGAUGAGGAUGUUGAACGUGACCGCGGAGGAUGUGAUGGACGCGCGUGCCAGGAUACAGGAGCGAUCCUACUGGGACGAGCAGGACGCGAUUACGAAGACACCUGAAGCGUUAGAAGUGGCGCAGUUUCCUUUGGAAAAGGACGACGAAGGAAUGAUCGAUAAAUCGACAACUGUGGAUCGCGCUUCAAGGAAAGAAGACAUUAUGGGAAGUCCUGAGAUGAAGAACGAAGAGGGGAAGAAGAAACUGGUGUUGCCUAGGAACCAGGAACAUAUCGCGUUGACAAAAAGUAACGACGUCACGUCUGACAAAAUGGACAAUCGGGCGAAAUCAACGGAAUCUCGUGUGGCACCGAAGAAGAAGAGAGGAAAAGAGGAAGAAGGGGUCGCAAAGAUUGUACAGUGUCCCUCGUUCCAGAGUGCGAGGAACACGGAGGCUAAGCCAUGUGCCUCCCUCGUGAGAAAAUUGGAAGCGAGGCUCUACCCUAUUCCCGCAAGCCAAAGGGAGAAGUGGACCGACCGAGUUGAUGGAAGAAGGCACCAAUUAACGCCAACUGAUUCGGGCGCGAGUAAGAAAGAACGUUAUAAAAACUCGAAAACAUCAUGCGCGUGUCAUCGUGCCUUGCGCAACAGUUGGAAAAAGCACACGCAAUCAAUCGGUAACGGUGGCAAGAACGUUGAUGUUAAUGGAAAAGAAUUUCGGAUUUCUAUUGUCAUACCUAUUGUCAAUAUGCAGAGAAGCAAGCUUGACAAAACUGCGUUCAAAUAUUCAGAAACGUACCGUUUGAAGAAGCAGAUCGAAAACUUGGAGGAAUCUCGCAGGAAACGGUCCUGGGAAAGCAGGUCUUUGGCCCAAACUGCACGCCCCUCGGGAUAUGCGAGGAACGUUAUCGAUGCGUCUGAUAAAUUGUCCACUGUAAAUUGCCGAAGAAACGUUCAGGCUGAAAUUCGCGAUGAAUCGAAGACGACGAGCGACUCUUUGAGCGAGCGAUACGGAUUGAAACACAAGCAGCUGCGAAGUAGACGAUCGGCCGACUUGCGCUCCGUCUACAAUGUGGCGUCAUUUAGAGAAAAGAAUUACGCGGAGGCGCGCGAGACCAAGACGAAAACUUCAGAGAUAUGUAAUAAUUUCACGUCGACGAAUAAUGGAGGGACGAGAGCGAGAAGGAGUCGCAAACUGUCGAUCGAGGAAGGCGAAGCGAUGAGAGCUUAUAACGAGCUUACUUUGUCGGAGGCUAAGAGAGAGCUGGAAGUGAGAGAGGAACGCGACUCGUCGUUGAAUUACGGACGAUUGACGGAGGAGUCUGAGGUGGUAGAGAUGAAAGUUUCAAAAACUUGUAACGAUCCCACCUUGCCGGAAGAUAAAGAGGAGACGAAGCAUAAUUUGUCGCCGAGUUCCCAGCGAUCGGUUGAUGAACGAAGCGCUACGAGAGCUCGUAACGAGCUCACACGGUCGGGAAGCGAGAGAGAGCCGCGCGCUGAGAGAAAAGGCGAUUUAUCGAGAGACGAAACGCCAUCGGAAUGCGAAGAACAUGUCGAGACGAGCGUCUCUAAUCGUCUUUCAAUAGAUAGCUAUUACGAGAAUAUCACGAGCCCCGUCAUACAUCGGAACGCGAACCGCGGCUCCAGUCCAAGUGAUCGUUGUGCAAGACACAUUGCCGUGCACAAUAUGUCGCUGAAUCUCAGGGAGAUGACGAGAAACAUCGAGUGCACCGCUCAUCCGCGGGGCAUUGUGCUAACCAACAAGAAUCUGCACGGGCGAUUCUUGGAGAAGGACAGAUCUCGUGAAAGUCAACAGCGCGACAUUGUAGACGACAACACAGUCAGCACGUUGCACAGCGCUUUCUUCUUCAAGCCUGAGAUCAUCACGCGGGCCUUCCGGCGCGCUCAGGCCAGGCUCGACGAGUCUUUCCCGAGUUUCUCGACGUUCCGCCGGGAGAGCACGGAGUUCGCCUGUCGGAUAAACAACGAGAUGGGAAAUGAUCGAAACACCCUUGCAGACUCAGUGUUCUCCAACGCGAAUGACAAUCGCGAUACCAGAGGCGAACGCGGCCACGAUCUGUGCAUAAUAUUCGUCGGUCGAGAACGGAUACCGAGCGAAUCGGAAACCGUGAUCGCGGAGGAUCCUGUCGGAUCCCAGGUGAACGCGCGUUCCAGCAUCGAAAGUACCUCGAUGAACAUUUUGAUAUUCGACCAAGAUUGCGAUCGCACGGAGAGCGCGAUCGAUUUGCCAGCUCGAUUGAUCACCGGUGUACCAAGGGACGAUAUUGAGACGUCGGAGAGAGGUAUGCGCGAUGUUGCGUCGCCGAACCAAGAGAACGUAAGUAACGUCAGUGUAUAUAACAAUUCUCAAUCUCGAGAAUCUAAUGCGGAUGCUAUAAAUCUCGAUGAGGAAAACAAUAAACGUAAUAAUGCGUAUGUUGCCGACGAUACGGUCCAUGAAAUUGAGCGCACUUUGAAUUCAAAUGAUAAUUGUCCGGCUAACGUUACAUCGUAUGGUUCGUUAGAAAAAUUACAUCACUCGAGGGACGAAAACGCAAUCGAUAUUCAUUCUAAAAACGAGAAUAAUUCAUCUCUCAAGAGCACUUGUAACGAUACAACUUUACAAUUGUCUGAUAAUAACAAUAAUUUUGAUAAAACGGAGAAAAGUAUGUUUAAUCGUGCUUUUAAGAAUUCUUCAAAAUUGUCCGUCCCCGGGCCAUCGUUGUUUAUUAAAUCAGAUAAUCAUGCAUUAAGAUCGUGUGACGAAGAGCUUGAAAAAUUGACGCAACUUUCAGACAGCGCGACUUCAUUGAACGAUCAAAGAAAAGAAUCAAUAUCGAAUUUAAAAACUACGAAUUGUGAUACAAUUUCGCAGUUUCGGAAUGUCGAAUCUUUAAAAUUAGAAACCACGAUACGAGACGGUGCGAGGAGCACAAACGAAAGUAGAGAGGUUUACGAAGAAACGAGCCAAUUUUUAGCGGAAAAAAUUUUCAAAAUGCAUUCGGACGAUAACCUCCAGCGGGACGAUAGUUUUUAUUGCACGUACGAGAGAAAUGAUGAUCCAGGAACACCGGUUUCGUUGGAAGACGGCAGUUUGAUGGAAGAGUUUCUCAGCGAUCCCAUACCGCACUUCAACUCUUCUUGCUCUUAA